GGAAUCACUUCUGAUAUAUACCAUACUCUCAUCGAAGUGCAAGAUUUAUAAACUGUAAUAACAUAUUUCAAUUAUUUAGUGGUAGAAAUUUGUUGGGGAUUGGGAGUAGUAUUGAUGUUUUAGGCUGUACCAAUUACAGAUACUGUAUAAGCAUCAGGAUCGAACGGCAUCAGGGGCGAUGGCUAGGCUGGACAGUCCCUCCUAGCAACGAUCCUGCUUUUGAGAUGUGAAAUGUGGUCACAGCUUGCUGAUAAAAACGUGGUCACUGCUUGCUGAUGAGAAUGCUGGUGUUCACGAGCAAGUGCUUGUGUAGGCUGCUCUAGAUCUUGUACAGAGAACAUCACCAAUGACAGUAGAAACAUGGUCACCACACUCAUAAGAACACACCAGGAACCCUACUUGCAACAGUCAAGCAGCAUAUGCUGGUCUGGUUUGGUCAUGUGACCUGGCACAACACUGUCGAAGACUGUCCUUUGAGGUACUUAGGAGGGUGCUCGAUGCCGCAGUGAUCAGAAGAAGAAUCUUCUCAACAAAGUAAGAGAGUGAACUGGUCAUCCUGUGCAGGACCUGCUCAUUAUCACCUAAGUGAGCGGCAGGCUUUGUCAGCUGCUGCCAUCUAUCCAUGUGCUCCUCCCAACGACUGGUACCAGUUAAGAGAUGAAUGACUGCAUGACUAUGAUGAUUUCUAAGACUAGGGUGAAUAACAUUUCACGUCAAAGCAGUUGGCCACAUAAAAAGGCGCCCACCAAAAUAAGGUCUGAAGGUUGCUGCUACAAGAUGGGAGCCUGGCUACCAGUGACCAUCCUCUUUCAGCUAGCAUCACUAACAGCUGCAGCAACCUACUUUGUCAAAGGUGACAACAACUGCAACUCCUGCUGCAGGGGUCUUCCUGGGCCUCCAGGAGUGCCUGGCUUGUCUGGUCUCCAUGGUGAAAGGGGCAAAGAUGGCCUGCCAGGACCCAGGGGAGAUAAAGGGGAGGAGGGGCCUGCAGGUUCAGCAGGACCUGUUGGCCCAAAAGGAGAUGAAGGAGAUAAAGGUCAGCGUGGAAGAAAAGGUCAAAAGGGUGAAUGUGGAUUGCCUGGUCCUGAAGGGCCCAAAGGUGAUCUAGGCCCUAAAGGUGAGACUGGCAUCAAAGGCUCUCAAGGCUUUAAAGGUGAAAAAGGCGAUCGCCCACCACACAUUGCUUUUUCAGUCAGCCGCAGCGAGCCCUUGGGUCCAGUGAUGCAGAAGACACCUGUGACCUUCGACAAGGUGCACACCAACCUUGGCAACAGCUUUGAUGUCUACUCCUCACACUUCAUCUGCAAGGUAAAUGGCACAUACAUGUUCACUGUUCAUGUGCUUGGGGCUGAGAACUGGACAGCCUAUGGGUGGAUCAUGCUGAACAGUGACCAUCAAAUGGCCUUUCACGGAGACGCACAAGCGCGCCAUGGGACAGGCAGCAACAGCAUCAUCCUCCAGCUUAUUCGCGAAGACCAUGUGUGGAUUCAGCUCAACGCCAACUCAUCGCUCCUGAACCACUUUUCUUCCUUUUCUGGCUUCAUUCUUUUUGCCGACUGAUGUUCCUAUUUGCUCAGUAUUGCAAAAAAUGAAGUUGGAAACAAUGCACCGUUUUUUAGGAACAGGCCAGCAUUAUGACAGAUUUGAGGUGAUCCAAUUAACAAACUUUAUUGUUUCUCAGUACAAUUUUUGUCACUACAAAAGCAAAGACUGUUUCAUCUACACAUUCCAUAAGGUGAAUGUCAUGCUUGAAUUGCUACUUUACUGAUGUCUUAGGAAAAUAAAUACUUUUAUCAGUGCUUCUGCUAAGGCUAAAUUCUUUGGGGCCCCAGGGACCCCUUCUUCAGAUUUUUAAGGGGUCCCUGUUCUUCUCCCAAAUUUGAAGGGGACCCAUUGACGAAAAUUGAAGAGGUCCUCCGAACUUUUAAUGCGUACAGUACACAAUUUUUUGCAUAAGCAGAAGCCCUGUUUUAUACUAUAUGGCAAAAGAACCCAAACAACUUUCUUUUGGUCAAGUGACUUCACUGAAUGAUGCAGAGCAAACUAAUUAUGGGUGGGAUUUAUGAACUUAUUUAACAAAGAUUUUUCAAAUGUAUUGUCUAUUUGCAAUUUUUCAAGUAUGUUGUAUUGUUAGUCUGAUUAAAAUUGUGUGCUUUAAAUGUUAAUAGUUAUUUAUAACAAAUACAAUAAAUAUUGCCAAAAAUGUAAAAAAAAUAGGUUUUAUAUUUAUAUAUCAAUGCAAACGUAAUCAAAUCGAGCAUAUUAUCUCAUUAGUAAAUAAUAAAAUCUUACUAAAAUGCAAAAUCAUUAAAAUUAAUCUUUCACUAACCUUAAUAAUAGUAUGAUGAUGAAAGACUGUGCAUACCACAUUUACAUAUUUGAAAAACCCAUUUUUGUGUAUCUCUAACAAAAAUAAGGAUCCAUAAUAAUGCAUCCGUAAAGCACUCAACAAGUCAGAUCAUUUUAUAACAAAUUUGGUUUUGGUAGAUAAUGUCUCUGGAUUUAGCAGUUUCCUUUUACAACUUGGGGCUACCUGAUUAGUGCACUAAACUGUGGAGUUAGAGAUUAUGGGUUUGAGCCUGCUUACGUAGAAGAUGGAAAACUCAGUCUCAAACAGAAAUGAUAGCUAAUUUAUGAUGGAAGAUAAAGGUAGACGAGGAUGGGGAGGAAGAAAAGUACUCUACAGCCAUACACUGUCCUUAUACUAUAAUAGAUAUAUAUAUGUUUUAGGCACUCUGCUGUGGCAGCCUUUAUCUUUACCUCCAAACAGGCUUCCAACUUUCUCUCCAUUCAAAACCUAUUUUCCCCAAUAGUACAGAAUCACUACAAUGAUCAAACCCUUUUUCCAUUCAGACUAACCACUCAACAUGCAAUUGUGCAACUACAAUAUAGCACUAUAAAAAUUAAUGAGACAUAAAGAUGAUUUCACAACAGCCAUAUCACUAAAGUUCAUUCCAUUGGUCUUUUAUCUACAAUUACAUCUGUGACAACAGCAUCAUGCAACCUGUUUUUUUAUUUCCACGAGUAUUCAGAUGAAACAUACUGCUUCAAUUGAUUUUGUUUACUAUUUAUGGUUUAUUUGCAGUUGAGUAAAUUGUCAAGAGUU